UAGAAUAUCGUGGUUUAUACGAUCUUAACAUUGUUCCUUUGAGUGAUUAUGGAAUGGUAACUAUUAAGUUAGACAACGACACAGGCAUUUCCUCUGACGUAAAAAAUCUGAUAAUGGUAAAUCAUAACUUAGAAUAUUCUGAUUAGUUGCGUCCUAAGAUAUUUGCUCGAUUCCGGGAACGUGGCAACGAAGGGAAUUCCAUUCGUAGGAAAAUACGGAGCAUCCGUGGCUAGAAUAUGGCAAAGAAGAGAUUGAUUCCCGAAAAAAGAGUAACGAUGUGUCAGUCUCUCUCUCGAGUGCGUAUAUAUUAUAUACAGAGAGGUACGACAUACUGUUAACGUAUGAUAGCGCGAGCGUGAAGUAUCACUGUUGGAGCAUUGCGAAAUUUUCGUAAAAAUGAGCAUCGUUGAGUGGCAUCUCUUAGUUAACCAUCAAGCGUACAAGUAGAAGAUUCUUAAGAUUUACGUGAUUGAUUUCUGAUAAUUCGGUGCCUACAAAUCAAUGACUUUUAAGAUGAAUUAUAGUUGCACACGCAAACACGAGCAGUUUUCACCGCAAAGGUUACUUUUAUGUAAUGUUGUACGCGCGAAAGUAUUCAUUUCUGUUACCACGCUAUUGCUGUUUUGUAAAUUUUAGUAGCACAACUAUCGGUAAUGUGCGAUAAAACAUGCCAUAUAAUAGAUAAUUGUAAGUGAAAUGACAAGGCGAUGGUAUAAAUAGGUACUUCGACGAAAGUUGGUACAAGUAUAUCUACGAUUCUCAGGAGUAAUGAGGUAAGUAGGAACGAAAUAUACAAUAAGAAUUGAAUUUAUAUAGAGUAUUUUGUUAUAAAUCUUCCUAUGUACCUAUAGAAACGUGUUUAAUAUUUUCGAGUAUCCAGAUUUUUCUAUUAAAAGUUAUCUGAAAUUAAUGAUUUUCCUGAUUUGUACCUUUCUCCUAAGUUUCUUGUAGUCGUCUUACUAACUCAACAGAAAUCAACGUUAAUUUUACAAAAAGAGCUAUGGAGCUUUUUAGCGAUUUGCACAAAUGAAAAUUUUGAAGCUUGUCACUGCGACGAGUUUGAUCGUUCUAGUGUUAUACUAAACAAUCUUCAAACAUGAAAUUACACAGAAACGUAUGUCGAUGAUAUUUGUCAUUCCUACGAUCUAUUUCACAUGAUCGUGCUUCCUGUCUAAUGCAAAUUCAAUUUAUAAUACGAACUCGGUUUCCUUUAUUGUUGUCAGUCUUUCUAAAUCGCCACAGUUUUUCGCUCUUUGUUGCAAAACGUUGAAUCAUAGUGUGAACCAAGUUUCUUUUAUUAGAUUCAUUCAUUGUUAUCAGUCCUGCGUCUUUUCGAUUCGUCACUUUUUUAUUUUAGGACGAUGAUUGGCUUCAAUAUACUGUUCGCAUGUUUGGCGUUAAUUGUCCUGCAUCCAUCGGUUCAAGCGGGGCGCACUAAAGCAACCUCGAAUGUGCCCUUGCGUCCACCACACUGUGGUUUUAGCAACGUUACACAUACCAGGGUGGUUGGCGGUAAACCAGCUAAGCUUGGUGCUUGGCCAUGGAUCGCUGCAUUAGGUUAUAUUGAUUGCGCUGAUCCAGAUGGAGAACCGUUUUGGGGCUGCGGAGGUUCCCUGAUAUCGGCUAGGCAUGUUUUGACUGCAGCACAUUGCGUAGAAAUUUUUGGAUUGUACGUGGUUCGUAUCGGGGACUUAGAUCUAGGACGAGAUGAUGAUGGAGCGCAUCCUGUUCAAAUAGAAAUCGAAUAUGUACUAGAACAUCCUAAUUAUACUAACGGUACACACCAUGAUGAUAUUGCUAUUCUUAAACUGAAGAAAGAUGUUCCAUUUUCGGAAUAUAUACGUCCUAUUUGUCUCCCCAUAGACCAGCCCUUACGAAAUAACAACUUCGAGGGUUUCCAUCCUUUCGUUGCUGGAUGGGGAGCGGUAGGAUAUGGUGGAAAUUUGAGUGACGCAUUACUGGAAGUACAAGUGCCAGUGAUUAGCAACACCGAAUGCAAGAAAGGUUAUUGGCCAAUUGACAAGCAGCGUAUCACCACAAAAGUAAUAUGCGCCGGCGAGAAAGGAAAGGAUGCUUGUCAAGGUGACAGCGGCGGACCACUGAUAAUACCACAGCAAUUCACCUACUAUCAAAUAGGUAUUUUGUCCAGUGGUCACAGGUGUGGCACUGCUAGAUUUCCCGCCGUUUACACUAGGGUCACGUCGUACUUUGACGACUUCAUUCUGCCAGUGUUGCAAAAUUAUUAGUGUCUCAUAAAUAUAAUUUUUCGUGUACGAGAAGCAAAGCUGGAAUUUAUAAUUGUGGUGAUAACAGCCAGCUCAGACUUAUUGUUUUGUAUGGCACGGAUUAUAGCCUUAACAUGCAUGAAAUGUCACUUUGAAGCGACACUAAUUUUUUAGACACGCUAAAAAUGCACGACAUAGAGAUAUAAAAAUGAUAAACGAACAUUAAUUAAAUUACUAUUUCCGCUCCUUCUUUUUUGAUGGUAAUAAUAAAUCAACUUUCGCAAAGCUUUUAUAAAUCUUAUUUCUGAUGUAUCAAGAGCAUAUUCCACAUAGAACGUUUACUCUUUGUAUGUAUAUGCAAAAUUUCGGACUACUCUGAAACAUUUCAUAAGAUAGAGAGCUUCCAGAAGUUCCAGAAACAAAGAUAAACCUCGCGUCUUUCAAAACUAUUGUUUUCCGUUGAAAAUUUUCUGUCUAUUCCUGAAAUUACGUGAAUCCUCGAAAUUUUACUUAUUCUUUUAUCACUUCCUAAUUAAAUACACUCUUUCUGCAUGUUUAGCUGUAUGUAACAGAAAUUUCCAUUCAGCCAGAGGUAUACUUAUACAUUACAGAUAUUUACAAAACACUUUAAUUCCCAAUCUAUUAUGAUGCAUAAAAAAAUUUAUAAUGUUAAAUCUAUUCGUAUUUUAUUGCGUGUAAGUAUAGAUAUAGUGACGUACAUUAUCUUUGAACGUACAUUACCAUUACUCCGUUGAAUGCUUCAAUAUUGCGCAUAUUUACCG